AUGGACGUUUCUGUUGAGCAGCCAGUAAAUAUUGAUGAUAGGUCUAUGUCAGACGUGGAAGAUAACAUACCCGUCACGGAUUAUGAAGCUAUGGCAAAUAAAAUUAUGCCUGAAUUAGGUCAAGAGGUUGAAGACUUUAAAUAUAGCACAUGGCACGUCUCAAAUUGGCGAGGUUUGGAAAAGAGGAUAACAGGACCAGAAUUCGAAGCGGGAGGUUGGAAAUGGCGAAUUUUGCUAUUUCCCUUUGGCAAUAACAAUCAUGAUUCUGUUUCUAUUUAUCUUGACUUUUCUGAUCCUAAAGGCGCUCCGUUAGGUUGGCAUUCAUGCGUUCAAUUCGCUUUAGUCUUGUGGAAUCCUGAAGAUGCAACACAAUAUAUUGUUCACCAUGCGCAUCAUCGAUUCACUGCCGAAGAAUCAGACUGGGGUUUUACACGGUUUUACGAUCUACGUAAACUGUUUGUACCUUCUGACAACCGAACGCGUGCGCUAAUUGAUAAUGACUCGACCAAUAUUACGGCGUUUGUACGAGUAUUGAAAGAUCCUACAGGUGUCUUAUGGCAUAACUUCAUCAAGUAUAUUACCUCCUUUAUUUCUAUCAUUCGAAACUUGAUCCGCAAAUAUUCUCUUUUGUUAUGGCCUUCAAUAUUUCUGGCGUUGUGUUUAACCUCUUCAUAUAGUUAUGAUUCAAAGAAGGAAACCGGGUAUGUGGGACUGAAGAACCAAGGCGCUACGUGUUACAUGAAUUCGUUGCUACAAUCACUUUUCUGUACGACUUUUUUCCGUAAGGCAGUCUACCAAAUUCCCACAGAAGAAGACGAACCAGUAAAAAGUGUCUCCUUGGCAUUACAACGAGUUUUCUACCAAUUACAGACCUCGGAUACUCCUGUUGGAACGACGGAAUUGACAAAAUCUUUUGGAUGGGAUUCUUUAGAUUCUUUUAUGCAACACGAUGUACAAGAAUUUAACAGAGUGUUACAAGAUAAUCUUGAGGGAAAAAUGAAGAACACAAAAGCCGAUGGCGCGAUUACUAAACUCUUUGUUGGAAAGAUGAAAAGUUAUGUUAAAUGCGUCAACGUUGAUUACGAAUCUUCUCGUGUUGAAGAUUAUUAUGAUAUUCAACUUAAUGUGAGAGGUUGCAAAACUUUACGAGAUUCGUUCAAAGAUUAUGUUCAGGAGGAAACAUUAGAAGGUGAUAAUAAAUACCAGGCAGAAGGUUACGGGUUGCAGGAUGCUAAAAAAGGUGUCAUAUUUGAAAGCUUCCCUCCAGUUUUACACCUGCAACUUAAAAGAUUUGAAUACGAUAUACAAAAGGAAGUAAAUGUUAAGAUUAAUGAUCGUCAAGAAUUUCCAAUGGAAAUUGAUUUAGAUGAAUUUUUAUCGGAAGAUGCAGAUAGAUCGAAACCUCAUAAAUAUUUAUUACACGGUGUACUAGUCCAUAGUGGUGAUGUACAUGGAGGUCAUUACUUUGCUUUAUUAAAACCUGAAAAAGAUGGAAAAUGGUUUAAAUUUGAUGACGACCGUGUUACACCUGUGAUAGAAAGGGAAGUACUUGAGGAUAAUUAUGGUGGUGAACCUCCAAAUGCAAGUCCCAUCACCGCAAUUCGUCCAACUGGAAGGAAUCUUAAACGGUUCACUAAUGCUUAUAUGUUAGUGUAUAUUCGUGAAUCGGAUAUUGACGAGAUAUUGUCUCCUGUCAUCCUUGAGGACAUACCUACACAUUUACAGAGACGUUUGGACGAGGAAAAAGCCAAAGAAGAACAAAGGAAAAAAGAAAUGGAAGAAAGACAUCUGUAUCUUCCUGUCAAGGUCGUGACUGCUGAAACUUUCAAAAACCAUCAAGGAUUUGAUCUUGCCAAUUUUGAUGAUCGUCAAUAUCCACUUUCUGAAGUACAUAUAUAUAAGAUUCUAAAAACUGAUACAUAUGGUGCCUUUAAAGUCUAUAUUGCUCGAACUUUCAGUAUUCCUCCUGAACAAAUACGAUUUUGGGUUCUAGUAAAUCGUCAAAAUAAAACUGUUCGACCUGAUGCGCCAAUACCAGAAUCUUAUGAAAAUGCGAGUAUGGAAGAAAUUCAUGGAAAGAUGGCUUCCCGGCAGAAUGAAUUAAAGUUGUAUAUGGAAGUAGCAGAUAAACCAAUUAAUGGCAAGACAUGGUUUCCUCCAAUUGAAGGAAACAAUCACAUAAUGGAAAUCAAACCAAACAUGAUUGAAGAAAUGAAACUCAAAUCCACUUUCCAACAAUCCGAGAUACAAGAUGGUGAUAUAAUUGUUUUUCAAAAGGCGUUAACAGAUAAAGAGAUUCAAGAGCAUUCAUUAGCUGGUCGAAUUCAUAACAUUAUUCAAUUCUAUGAAUCAUUGACUUUACGUAUUGUUGUUUCAUUCAAGCCAAAAUUGAAAGAUCGCGAUCCAAAACCCGAAUUCGACUUAGUUGCCGAACAAGUCGCUGCUCAUUUGCGCACGGAUCCUCUUAAAUUACGAUUUACCACUGCACAUUCAACAUCUGGUACACCAAAGAAUGUAAUUAAAAGAACUACCAAUCAGACCCUUUCGGAGAUGCUUCAAGCAUAUUUGACACCAUCAUCUCAUCUCUUAUUCUACGAGAUGUUGGACAUAAGUAUUGUAGAACUAGAAACGAAAAAGUUCUUUAAAGUUACUUGGCUUGGAAACACAGAGCACAAAAUCGAUAUCCGUCUUCAAAAAAAUGCAGUUGUUAAUGAUAUCUUGGAAGAGAUUUUAAAAAAGGUGACAUUAUCAUCACCAAAUGCUAGAAUCAGGUUAUAUGAAGUUAUGAAUCAUAGAAUUCAAAGAGAAUGUAUAGGAACUGAACCAAUAGAAAAGAUACAAGAAUUUAUGACAUUAUAUGCAGAGGAAAUACCUCAAGAUGAACUUCUUGCAGACAACAAUGAUCGAACUAUCCAAGUGUAUCAUUUCACAAAGGAACCGCUUCGUACACAUGGGAUUCCAUUCAAAUUUGUUAUUAAACAUGGUGAAGUUCUCGUUGAUACUAAGCGACGUCUUCUAAAUCGGCUUGGUAUGAGCGAAAAGGAUUUUGCGAGAGUAAGGAUUGCAAUUGUGCCUGGAACUUCAUAUUCAAAACCCGAAUAUCUCGAGGAUGAUGGGCUUGAUCACGUAGAUAAAACUGGUCGCGCAGGGAGGGUUGGAGGUGCAGAGAAAGCCCUUUACAUUCGAGGCUAA